AUGACGACAAAUGUAGACGAGUUAACGAACAGUUUUAAGAACUUGAGGUCAGGUAUUCAGAGAAAUGAUACCGCUAAGUGUAAAUACCCAGAAAUUUCGAAACAGAAAUCAAAAUUUAUAAUAAAGAACAAGGAAAAAACAGAAUCGGAGGAUACAGAAGUAUUUAUAAAAGAGUCGCUCAAGAACAACAUAGUAUGUAAUUCCUUGAACGAAUAUGAAAUAGAUGCCUUUGUGAACGCCAUGUCGUACUACAUCUUCUCAGUAGGAUCGACAGUGACGAAGCAAGGCACAAAUGGCUCGUAUUUCUUCAUUAUCAACGAAGGUGUGUUCGAUGUGUUCGUGGACGAUAAGCUCGUGAACACAAUGGAAAGAGGAGCGUCCUUUGGAGAGAUAGCACUGAUCAAUGACAUGCCACGCACGGCAACAGUGAAGGUGAGGGACGUGAGAGAGAACGUGAAGGGCUCAAGCGAUACGCUGGGAGCACUUUGGGGAGUGAAGAGAACAGUGUUCAGAGAGACGCUGAUGCACCUCUCAAUAAGGAACUACUCACAAAACAGAGCGUUCCUGGACUGCGUAAAGGUUUUUGAAAUACUGACAGAGAGUCAGAAAAACAUGAUAACAAACGCGUUCGUGGAAACGAAGUUUAAGACGGGAGACAAGAUAGUGACCCAGGGAGAGUUCGGAGACAUACUGUACAUUAUAAAGCAAGGAAGAGCAGACGUGCUGAUAAACAACGAGAAGGUGAGGUCGCUGACGACAGGACAGUACUUCGGAGAGAGAGCGCUGCUGUACGACGAGCCUAGGAGCGCAACAAUACAAGCAACGGAAGAUACGACGUGCGUAUCUCUGGGAAGAGAGAUACUGAACAAGGUGCUGGGAAACUUGAACAACGUGCUUUUCAGAAACAUCAUGAUGGAGUACCUGCAGAACUCGAGAGUGUUUAAGCAGUUCACGCCGGAGCAGCUGGUGCAGCUGAUAGAGUCAGCAAGCGUGAGAGAUUUUAAGCCAGGAGAUGUGAUAUUACACAAGGAAGAAAAAAUAAAGGGAAUAAGGUUCUUCAUACUGCUGGAAGGGUACGUGCAGGUGUUCUACGACGACAACGAGAUAGGAGUGAUGGAGAGAGGAGACUCGUUCGGAGAAGAAUACAUCCUCUCGCCGGAAAUACCGUUCGCACACACAGUUAAGUGCGUAAACUAUGAGAAAAAGUACGACGGAAAGUGUAAGCUGGCACUGCUGACGAAACACGCAAUGCAAAACAUACUGGGCACUGACUUCAUAGACGUGAAGCUGGACUACAACAAUAAAAUGGCAGUGAUAAAGAAGAUGUACAUAUUCAGGUACCUGUCAAGCACGCAGCUGGACAUGCUGAUAAGAGGGUUCAAAAGUGUAAGAUAUAAGAAGGGAGAGACAGUGUUUAACGAGGGAGAAAUAGGAGACAGCUUCUACAUAAUAAGCAAGGGCGAGGUGGAAAUCGUGAAAGGAGGAGUGCACCUGAGGACGUUGGCGAAAAACGACUACUUCGGAGAAAGAGCACUGCUGUACGACGAGCCUAGGAGUGCAUCAGUGGUGUGUAGCGGAUCGGAUGCGGAUCUGUGGGUGGUGGAGAAGUCAGUGUUCCUGAAGAUCGUGGAGGAGCCUAUGCUUUCUCACCUGGAAAAUAGAAUCAAAGUGCAAGAUACGAAGGUUCUGUUUGAGGACCUGGAGACUAUUCAGACGAUAGGAAACGGCACGUUUGGAACAGUGAAGCUAGUGGUUCACAAGCCAAGCCAACUUAGAUUUGCGCUCAAAUGUAUUAGUAGAAAGUGCAUAACUGCGCUGAAGCAGCAGAAGAACAUAAAGUUGGAGCGGGAAAUCAUGGCACAAAACGACCACCCGUUGAUUAUACAGCUAGGUAAGAGAGGGAAUUUUAUGACGCUCGUAGUAAAAACCUUUAAAGACAAGGAAAACAUAUACUUUCUAACCGAAUUGGUAACGGGAGGAGAGUUAUACGAUGCAAUAAGGAAGCUAGGAUUGCUGAAUAAACAGCAAGCGCAGUUUUAUUUGGGGUCAAUCAUAUUGGCAUUCGAGUAUUUACAUGAACGUCAGAUCGCAUACAGAGAUUUAAAACCCGAAAAUAUACUUCUUGAUCAUCAAGGAUACAUUAAACUCAUAGACUUUGGCUCUGCGAAGAAAAUCACAGGAAGGGCGUACACACUGAUAGGAACUCCACAUUACAUGGCGCCGGAAAUCAUACUAGCGAUACAAAGAUUCGCAGGAAAGGGAUACACGUGCUUGGCUGAUAUAUGGUCCUUUGGAAUAUGCCUCUACGAAUUCAUCUGCGGCCCGCUGCCGUUCGGAAACGACGCAGAAGACCAAAUUGAAAUAUUCAGAGACAUACUGACAGGUACGGGGAAAGAAACUAAAGUAGAACACGCAGGUGAACUGAAGUUCCCGAAUUACAUCACGGACCAAGACGCAAUUAACCUGAUAAAGCGGUUUUUGUGCAGAGUCCCCGAGGUGAGAAUCGGGAGCUCAAUAAACGGCUACAAAGACAUCAAGGACCACCCGUACUUCAGAGACUUCGACUGGGAUAAGCUGGCAAGCAGGGCUCUGGACCCUCCGCUCAUUCCGGAGGGGGAAAACUAUAACCAGGAGGUGGAGGAACAAGUGUUGGAAUCCGACCCGGAAGCAGGCACGGAAGACACGAGCGACGACUGGGAGCAGGAUUUCUGA